UGCGCUCAAUAUUCACGCUGCUCGUUGAGUGUGAGGAGGACGACCAUGUGCUUGCGUCUGCAUGCGAGAUGUUGCAAGUCCUCAGCUCCAGCCAUGCUGGCGCAUUGGCAUUUAGCAACAAUGGAAGCCUCGCGGCCUUAGCCAGCCUGCUGGGACGCACUCACAACCCUCACACCCUGGAGAAGAUCACCGGCACGCUGUGGAACCUGUCGCGCCAUGAGUUUCUGAGGGCUGCGCUGGUGGAGCUUUGCCUCCCGGCGCUGGUGGAGCACGUGCUGGUGCCAGAGAGCGGCUGGAGGAGCAACUUUGGAGACUUGCCCGCCUCAACCUCCCCACCCGGCUCGUCCGCCUCGCCUUCCGCGGCAUUCUGCAACGCCUUGACGUGCCUACGGGAGUUGAGCUCGGCAGAUCCGGACGGACGGCUGAGCACGUGGAAGGGCGAGGGGCUGGUGGACUGCGUGCUGCGCUUCGUCCGCUCGGCACUGAGAGGACGCAACAUCGAGACCAAGGCGGUGGAGGAUGCCGUCUGUGUCCUGCAGCAGCUGAGCGUCCACAUGCUGCACCACGUGCCGCACUGCGGAGACUCAAGGCUGGGGGGGGGCAGCUGGGGGGGAGCUGCCAGCCACAGCUCCACCCUGAAGACAGGCUGGGAGCUGCUGUACCAGGCCGACACAGUCAGCUGCUACGUGUCGCUGCUGCAGCAGUCGCACAACGUGCUCGUGCUGCAAGCAGCAACACGCUCCAUCUACACGCUGGCCAGCGGAGACACCCAGUGGUCGGCGUUGUCCCGCACGGCCGUGGCUCACAACGGGGGGCUGCCCUGCCUCCUGGAGCAGCUGCGGAGCGGGAGGAGCAGGAGGAGCGGCGACGACGAGCGCCGUCUGCUGGCGUACACCUCGGUGCACGCGCUGCGGGUCCUCGCUCGCAAUGACCCCAACAACCAGCGCCUCAUCGGGCUGCACAAUGGCGUGAGGAUCCUCACCGCGAUGCUGCCUGACGCUGCCGAGGCAGGCGGCGGUGGCGGCGGUGGCGAUGGUGGCGAUGGUGGCGAGGCCUCGUGGCUGGGCGAGGAGGGGCUGUCGGCAGUGCUCUGGGCGCUGACGGCGCUGGUCUCUGGCAGCGUCGCCAACGCUCAGCGGCUGCAUCGCGGCGGUGGCAUCAGGCGCAUCGUGGCCAUCCGCACCAGCCGGACGGCGUGCAGCCAGGACCUCUUUGCAGCGAGGGCUUUGCUCACCGUUCUCUGGGCUCACCACGACCUCCGCGCCAGCUACAAGAAGUGUGGCGGCUGGGACAAGGAGCACUUCUUGUCACCGAGAUGCCACGAGCAGCAGCAGCGGCGCCGGCAGCAGCAGCAGCACGUGCACUCGCUGUGGCACCAGUGGCAGCUGUGCCAGCAGUGGCAGCUGUGGCAGCAGUGGCGCCAGUCGCAGCUGUAGUAGCAGAAGCAGCAGUAGCAGAAGCAGUAGUAGUAGUAGGGGUAGUGGCGGUAGUAGCAGUCCGCUCGGCGGACGCUGGCGUUCUCCUCUUGAAUCUUGACUUGAAGCUUUCGUGCCUUGCAGGGAUUUAUGGGUCUGUCGGUCAGGUGGCGUGGGUAGGUUCAAGAAAAUAACAAAAAACUACGACGUUUCGAUGGCAACACAAGCGGUCGUCAUCAGUGUUGCGAUGGAAACGUCGCGUGUUUUUGUUAUUUGCUUUGAACCUACACACGUGAUGUUACCGACAGACCCCAAAGAAUAUGCUCUUCUUAACUUCGCUUGUUGAUGUUGAUGAAGAUGUCGAUGGUGCUGUUGUUGAUAUUGUCGUUGAUGUUUAUGAUGUUGUUAUUGAUUUUGAUGAUGUUGAGGAUGUUGAUUUUGUUGUUAAAGAUGUUGAUGUCGUUCGACCGGUGGCUAUGGGAACAAUUACCCUAGGGGAGGCUAAUUGACCCGACCCAGCCAAGGUGCGGGUCUGGACUCUGGCUUCCUCGGAACUCGCCCUUACAAGGACAAGCGGGACAAGGGGGUCCAGGGUCCUAAGCUGGCUGGCUGGCGGGUCUUGACCUGCGACUGGCCCUGAUCGGCCAGGGAGCUGCCCUUUUAUGCCUCGUGCCCAACGAGGGGUGGGGUUGUGUGCGCCCCCAGGUAUCCCACAGAGCACACAGCCCCCCCGUUGGUGGCACCAAGGGGCUUAAGCGUCUGGGGUGCCUGGGAUCCUAGCGCCUGGCACCAAGGGGCUUCUCUGCCUAGGGUCCCUGAGCCCCCAGCAGCCCCUCCCCUCUUGGGCUGGCACAGUAGCGCCUCUCAUGGCACUGCACCUGUAGUAUAAAUGGGCUGUUCUAUGGCGACAGUGGGUGUACUAUACACAAGGGCUCACUAGAGGGCACAUUCCAGAUGUGACGGAGCACGUGGCCCAGAAGGGGAUGGCCACGUGAUGUGGACCCAGAGUGUGACUGACGGGGGGGAGGGGGGGGGGGUGCGGAGUCCCCCCGUGGUUCUUCAACCGCGGGAAAGAAGUCGUCCACUUCCAUCUUCGCUUUUCAGCCUCCGUACGCGUCGCCUGUUCCCGUCCAACCGUAGCGAAGGGGUUCCGCUCAAGCGGCGAGGUGGUUAGGGACGGUGGCCACCACCUUACGUGGUUAGCCCGCGAUGAGCGCAGUCGCUCGCAAUGUACUUGGUUCACCUGGGAACGUUGAAUAGUGUUGGCUGUGUGAGAGA